ACUGUAAUGCCUCGAGAGAAAUAGAAAGAAAAUCAAUUGAAAAAGAGGGGAAAAUCUCUGUAACCCUAAUUUCAUUCAUAAACCCUAACACCUUUCCUCUCUUUUCAAAUCUUCUUAAUCCUUUCUAUCUUUUCUCGAGAACCUUUCCAGAUCCAAAUAAAUAGAAUAGCUAUGGUUUUCUGGGUUUUUGGAUAUGGUUCACUGGCAUGGAACCCGGGAUUUGAAUAUGAUGAGAAAAUUGUUGGAUUCAUUAAGGACUACAGACGUGUGUUUGAUUUAGCUUGUAUUGAUCAUAGAGGAACACCUGAGAAUCCUGCAAGAACUUGCACUUUGGAGGAGAAAGAAGGAGUACUUUGCUGGGGAGUUGCUUAUUGUGUUCGGGGAGGUCCUGAAAAGGAGAAGCUUGUUAUGCAGUAUUUGGAGCGGCGAGAAUGUGAGUAUGAUCAAAAGACUCUUGUAAACUUCUACAAGGAAGGAGAUUCACUUAAUCCUGCUCUUACUGGAGUUAUUGUAUUCACGUCUACUCCCGACAAAGUGAACAACAAAUACUAUCUGGGACCUGCUCCCUUGGAGGACAUGGCUAGGCAAAUAGCAACUGCACAUGGCCCUUGUGGAAACAACAGGGACUAUCUUUUUCUUCUCGAAAAGGCUAUGCAUAAUCUCGGUCAUGAGGAGGACUAUGUGAUAGAACUAGCCAAUGAAGUGAGGAAAGCACUUGGAGUGGAGAAUGUAGUUCCAAACGACAAGAAAUUGGUUGGACCAGCACAACUUCAACACCAGCCACAUGUACCAAUUUCAACCCUUCCCUUGAGUCCAUUGCCAGAGCCUAUUGCUUUGGAUAGUUGAGAAGCUGGAGAUUACUGCAAGUCGAUGCUGAGUUCCUUAUCUAAACAUUCACUGUGGACCCUGCUAACCAUCAAUCAAUUUUUUAUAUCUUUUAGUUGCCCACUUAUGCUAGUCUUAGCUACUUUUUCACCACCCAUUCCCUUGAGAUGUUACUCAGAUCUUGUGAGAGACAAUUUUCUGAAUUGGAAUGUGCGCCAAAUCUUUACACGUUUAUUAAUGAAAAAUGAUCGUUUCUCUUUAA